AUGGUAGAAACAGGAGAUAGUGAGCUGAAAAACGCUUUACCGUAUCUCAUCAUCUUGCUUUUGAUCACAAUCUCUGUGAUACCAUUGAUGAGUAGUCAUUUGGAAGAACGGCGAAAGGAAAGCCUCAAACGAGCCGAGAAAGCGCCAUGGAUUGAUCAGAUGCCGAAUGCUUUGCCACUGCUGGAGGUCAACAAAUACUACACAAUCAGUCCCAACUUCUCAUCACUCAGAAAACUUAAUGACACACUGCGAAAUUUCAAUCAAGCCUACAAAUUUCCAGUGAACGAAACCAUCGAGGACCAGGAGGCAAAUAUGUUUUUGGAAGUGCACGUCACACAAAUGGAUAACAACGUUACAAGAAUGGUAAGAUCACUGUACUUAUCACCCAUUGCCUCACGAAUACUUCCAUUUGUUUCAAAAUCGCCCCAGUCAAGUAAUAGUGAAUUUGCGCUGUCGGUGUUGGUUUUCAGAGCUUCAGUAACCCUCAUUAGUUAG